AUGCAGCCUCUGCUGUGGCUCCUACUUGCAGCACAUUUUGCAGCUCUCUGUGAUGGUUUGGCCCUUCACCAGACUCCCAGGUCUGUGAUCGUUCAGACCCACCAACCAGCCAUCCUGUCCUGUGAAGUGAAGGGCCACACUAGUAACAAGCAUGUGUACUGGCUGAGGCAACAUGAGGCUCCAAGCCCAAGCACUCGUCUCGAGAUCCUGGCCUUCUGGGAUUCUGUGAAGCAAACCACGGGGUAUGGCUCAAGCGUGAAGAAUGAUGUGACCAUUUCUCAGAAUGGUGUGAGGUAUUUGCUCAACCUUACGAGAGUGAGGCCUUUGGACAGUGGCAUAUACUUCUGCAUGACAAUUGGAAAUCCUGAGCUGGACUUUGGCAAGGGGACUCAGCUGACCGUGGUUGAUAUUCUUCCCACCACUGCCAAGCCAACCAGGAAGCAAACACCCAAGAAAAGAAUGUGCCAGUUCACAGCAUUGCUGCCCCAGAAGGGCUCAUCUUGUAGCCCCAUAACCCUGGGCCUGCUUGUGGUCAUCAUCUUGGUUCUGCUCGUGUCCCUGAGUUUGACCAUCCACUUGCACUGCAAGUGGAAGAGAGCACGGCUUCGUUUCGUAAAACAAUUAGAAAAUAAAAACCUGGGUAAACGAUGCAAAUGUGUCCUGUGGGGUAAAGUACCAAUGUCUGUCUGCAGCAGCGAUGCUUACGCUCAGCUCGAAGGGAACAAUAAGGGCAGCAGUGGUGUAGCUCUGCUUUUUGUCCCAGACCUCUUUUUCCUGCACAAUACUGUGCAUCCAUGUUGUGAAGUGAAGAGAAUACCUGAAGAGCUACAUGGGGACUAA